UCCAAAAUUGAUGGGUCGGUGGUUUCGUUUAACUCCGGUGAAAGUAUUGUGCCCUUCGUCCACACUCAGAAUUCAACAGGCUGGCUUCUUACUAACAGUAGUGAUAUAUUUGUUGGAACUUAUUUGAUGGAAGUAGCCGGUAAGCCAACAAGACCAGCCAUCUCCAAGUCAGUACUGCAAUCGGACUCCUCUCAGAAUGUGAUGAGUAUAAGUGUGACUUUAAUGAGUAAAGACGACGUCAACGUAUUAAAUGGUCCACAGUUUGUUGGAGACCCGAUCAGCUACAAUGGACGCGUCUACUUCUUUUACCGCGAGGUUGCUUCCGAGUUUAUCGAAGGGAAAGCUGUGUAUUCAAGAGUUGCAGUCAUAUGCGAGAAUGAUAAAGGGGGGCGAGAAUUCACGGCCCUCAAACCCACAGACAUCGUAACCUUUGUCAAGGCGCGGCUGGAAUGCUCAACGGGUACAACGUUCCCAUACUUCUACAACGAAAUACGGGACAUUUACCACUCCAACGGCGUAGUAUUUGCAGUUUUUGCCACACGGCCGUAAGUGAAAUAAAUUAUUGAUAAGGUUUAAAUAACGUAAUAUGGGAUUGUGCUAUACCUGGAACGAUAAACUCAAGCAGGACUAGAGGAGAUAGUAUUUGUAUUCCUUGGAUUCUUACCAUCCAAAGCGGAUCUGGAUGGUGGAAAUAAAGAUUUACAACGAUCAUUCUUCGGGAGAUCCUUGGCAAAACUGAGGCAGUCCAACUCUCACCUAGAGUAAAAGGGGUUGAAAUGUAACUGUUUAAGGACAAAUUCAUGCGAGAGAUAGUUUUUGCUAAUAUUACCCUGCAAGCUCUUUUCCAAAUAUUUGAAUACUACACUCAAAA